AUGGUUAGGCAUGGUGAUAGACUAUGCGUGAGAGGAGUGUGGGUCCCUUGCGCGUCAGCUAAGGGGAGAGUGUGCGGGUCCCUGCCUGGCUCACACCCCAUUCCGAAUGCAAGCAACAACCAGACGAGGACCCCUGCGCCACAUGAGAGGAGCAUGGGUCCCAUGCAUGCAUGGGCCAGAGAUGUCGAGCAUCGUAUUAUCAACAACGGUGCCGAUGUGUUGCACGGUCCUGGCAUCAACGGCAGGAAGGUUCGCGAGUAUCUGCGUAAAGUGACGGCAUGGUGCAAGGCUGCCAUAAUGGCCCCCUCUGUCAACGGGAGCGGCCCCUGGUACAAGGCCAGUGAAAGGGCGUGGGCCUUCUCUACGACCGGAAAGAUUUACAUCUCCAUCGACGGCAUUGAAGACACGGAGGGCAUCAACCGCUUUGCGCAGCCUGCACCUGUCCCGGCCCCGCAGCCUGUGCUGGCCCCAGCCGUGCAGCCUGUGCUGGCCCCAUCCGUGCAGCCUGUGCUGGCCCCAGCCGUGCAGCCUGUGCCUGUCCCGCCCUUCCAGGCUAUGCCGGCCCCACUCGCGCAGCCUGUGCCUGUCCCGGCCGCACCAUUUGUGCAUGUCCCUUCCACCCAGGUUGCGCCUGUCACGGGCGCGCAGGCUGAGCCUGCACCGGCCGCACGUCCUGGGCCUGCACCGGCCGCACGUCCUGGGCCUGCACCGGCCGCACAGGCAGGGCCUGAACCGGUCACACAGGCUGGACCUGUCCAGGCCGCAUGGGGGGGCGGCUUUCUGUUUGGAUGA